UUUGUUUUUUUUUGGUCACAACAUUCGUCAAAGGAGAAGAAUCUGUGCUUGGUGUUUUGUUUUGUUUUUUUUGUUUUUUUUUGGGGGGGGGGUCCCAAAAACAAAGGGAACACUUCUACAGCACAGCAGUUUACAUCCACAUUUAAAUACUGUACAGCAGAUGACACGGCCUGCAAUUACAUCUCAAAACCUCUAGAUGCCACUGUUUUCACUUGACCAUUUCAUUCUUUCUCCUUUUUUUUUAAACUUUUCGCGUAUUUUUGUUUUCACGAUCGCAAACAUUAAAACAUUUCACAAAAUUAUUUAAAGCUCCCUCGUGUUUACGUCAUACACAAAAGAACCCAACCCCUUUUUCCAAACCAACUUUUCACAGCUGCGGGUUUUCAAUCAAAUGAGGCCACGUGACUUGUGCAAGUGAGAACAACACAGGCGACUGUUUGAUGGUUUUGGUCAAAGAAAUUGGUCGGCAGCUGCAAGAUGGUCGCGCUUUGCAGCUACGAGACCACCAAACUCGUCCGCAUCCACAGCGUCCGGCUGGGCUCGCUCAAGUGGACGCUGAACGCAACGGUGCUGCUUUUCAUAUGCCUGGUGAUGUUGUGGAACAGAAAGUAUCAACAAUUUGAUCAGGUGGUCAGCUCCGUGACUGCCAAGGUGAAGGGUGUGGCCCACAUGCAGCUGCCUGGCGAGGGGGGAGUCAUCUGGGACGAGGCCGACUACAGCGGCUUCUUGCAGGACAAAAACUCUUUCUUUGUGGUGACAAACAUCAUCAUGACCAAGAGCCAGAAGCAAGGACGUUGCCCUGAGCCUCCCUCAAGUGGCCGUCGGUGUCAACAUCACAGCGACUGCGAGCGAGGGGCCUGGGACCAGCGCAGUCACGGGAUCCAGACGGGCUCGUGCGUCAAGUUUGACGCGUUGGCCCGAACGUGUGAGGUGGUGGGCUGGUGUCCCGUCGAAGCCAAAAACAAGCCUCCAAGGCCUGCUCUACUGGCAUCUGCAGAGAAGUUCACAGUGCUCAUCAAGAACAACAUCCGCUUUCCCGCCUUCAACUUCAUCAGGAGGAACAUCUUACCUGAGAUGACCGAGUCGUACCUGCGCAAGUGUCGGCGCGCUAACGACUCUUUGUGUCCCAUCUUCAUGCUCGGAGACGUCGUCAACCGGGCUGGGGAGAACUUCUCAACCAUGGCGGUGGAGGGGGGCGUGAUAGGCAUUCAGAUCAAGUGGGACUGUGACUUGGAUCAUCUGACCAGACGCUGCCUGCCCGCCUACUCUUUCAGACGCCUGGACCAGAAAGAAAGCAACAAGACCCUCUCCCCCGGAUUCAACUUCAGGUUUGCAAAGUACAGGACGGUGGAUGGCGUGGAGGAGAGGACACUUUACAAAGCUUUUGGCAUUCGCUUUGACAUCAUGGUCUUCGGACAGGCGGGAAAGUUCAGCUUCAUUCAGCUUAUUAUCUACAUCGGCUCCACAUUGUCCUACUACGCCCUGACGACAAUUCUGCUCGACUGGCUGAUCGGAACAAGCUGCUACGUGGCUGAGGAGGGACAGAACUACUCUGAAAGGAAAGUGGAGUCCAUCCCAGACAAAAAGGAGUGCAUCCUGUGCGUGUCGUACGUGGACGAGGACGACAUCCGUCUGGUAAAAAUGUCUCGUAAGAAACGGCUACAGGACGCCAAGAGCAUUGGUGUUCAGGCACGACGGGAGGACAUAGGUCACAUGACGGCAACCCUCUGCCUCCUAACCGAGCCUCGGUCCUUCCCGGCUACCUUCUCCCAACCUUGCUCCAGUCCUCCUCCGAGCUGGUGCAAGUGCGGUGGCUGCAGCGCCUCCCCCAUCCCCCAGGAGGAGCUGUGCUGCCGGCGCGGCAGCGAAGGCCCCUGCGUGGCCUCGUCUGCGCUCUUCCACAAGCUCUCGCUUCAGCGCACCCUGCUGGAGGCGCUGAUCCUCUACCGGGAACCCUUCACGCCGACGCCGCCCGACGGCGCCGCGCUGCGCCGCUGCGCCUACCGCCAGUACGUGGCCUGGAGGUUGGGCGAGCCGCCGGCCGACUGCCGCCCCGCCAUCCCGCGCUGCUGCGUGACGAGGAUCAGGGAGGCGUUCCCCAGUCCGGGUGGACGAUACGGCGCGUUUGCGCUCGCCAAGCACGCGGCCACGUAACCUAAGAUGAGAUUCUGUCAACGGCGCUUUAUUUGUGCACAUUUUGAUAUUUGCACUAGAUGUGAAUAACAGAAGCAAAAGUCAACUUAAAUGCAAAUAUAAAUUACCCCCCCCC